CUGAUUCAUAAAAUCAAGUGAUAAAGAGUAUCUCAAAUACGGUAAAGAGAAGCAAUGUAAAGAAAAGAUGAAGAAGAGAAGAGAAGAGGAGGAAAUGGAAGAAUGGUAGUGCGCUAGGAUUUACAUUGUGAAUGAUUAGUUUUAUUUAACUAAAAGAUACUCCCAAUCCUAAAUAUCUAGGAUUAAGAAAAAUGGUUAAAUGUCUAGGAUUAAGAAAAUUGGACUUAUGCUAAAAGUAAUCAUUCACAAUGUAAAUCCUAGCGCACUACCAUUCUUCCAUUUCCUCCUCUUCUCUUCUCUUCUUCAUCUUUUCUUUACAUUGCUUCUCUUUACCGUAUUUGAGAUACUCUUUAUCACUUGAUUUUAUGAAUCAGAUUUUAUCCUAUACCAUUGGUCCACAAUGUAAGUACAUUGUGCGCUAGGAUUUACAUUGUAAGUACGUAUGCUUAACUAAAAGUACUUACCAUUUAUCUUUUAGUUAAAAUCCAUUUAGCUAAAAGUACAAUGUAAGUACAACGUAUUUUAACUAAAAGAUAAAUGGAUUUUAACUAACUAGAUAAAUGGAUUUUAACUAACUAGCGCACAAAGUACUUACCAUUUAUCUUUUAGUUAAAAUCCUAGCGCACAGUGUAAGUACAUUGUGCGCUAGGAUUUUAUCCUAUACCAUUAGUUUUAUUUAACUAAAAGAUAAAUACGUAUUUGAGAUACUCUUUAUCACUUGAUUUUAUGAAUCAUUCACAAUGAUUAUGGUUAAAUAUGAGUAAGUCCAUUUUACCUAAAUAUCUAGGAUUAAGAAAAAUGGACUUAACUAAAAGUACUUACUCAUAUUUAUAGUAAUGGGUGGUCUCCCAAUCCUAAUUAAAUAAGAAAACACGGAAAUAAAUAAUGGCGACACCCCAGACAUAUGCUUUUUGUUGCAGUCUAGAACCGCUUGCGUUGCAACUUGUCACAGUUUUACACUUCCACAAACAGUAUAUGUCUAGGGUGUCGCCACUUUAUAUGUCUGCCAAUCAUCCUGAUAAAUAUCAUGUCUUUGAUUCUUUGUUGUUUUAUUUUUCUAUGUAAUGGAUUAUGGUACCCUUGUGCUCCCCAUUAAUUUAUUUGGCUUAUAAAAAAACCACUAAUAUUAAUGGGAAAGAAACUAACUAGUCAUGAAAGCUAAAGGGAGUCAGUAGUGGUGAGUAGUAAGUAACUCACUCACUCACAUAGAAAUGAUUCACAGACCACCAUAUAUAGUGUUGGCACAUAAAUCACAUUUUUUUCUUGAGAAUUUUGCUUCGUAGUUUUAUUUGGUUUUUCUUUUGAUUUAGCGGCGGUUUAAAACCGCUGCAAAGUUAUUUCCUCGAAGUGAAAAUUAUUAUACCAAAACUAUUCGGCGAAUUUUCUUACGAAUAUUUUUGACACAAAAUCCUAGAAAAAUGCGAAGCAAAAUUUACAAAAAAGAGCAUUUUUUUAUGUCACCACUAUAUAGUAUUAUCGUUUUUCGUGAAUCAUUAUUGUUCCAAUGACUACGAGUUAACCGUGACUAUGGGCUAUAUUUCCAACUUGAACAAAGUGUAGCAAAUAUAGUUAAUUUAAUUGACUUCAAUUAAAGAGAUAAUCAGAGUUGAGAAUUACAUAUUUAUUUAUAUUACAGUGAUUACCUACUUUUACUCCAAUGAACAAUGUACAUAAACCAAAUUUUGAAGCAAAGUUAGAAAGCAUACAUAAUAAUUUUUUUUUUGUUACAAGAGAAAACCAAAGCGUACAUAAUAUGAACAUGAAUGAGUGGGAAAAAAAGAUAACAAACUCAACACUAUUGAAGACUUUCUUAACUAAUAUGGUUUCAAAUUGCCGUCCACCACUGAAGUUGGGGAAUUGAGUUUGGGGCCCCCCUAUGGGGCGCCGCGCCCCACUUAAAGUGGGGAAAUUACUGGAAAGCCCCCCUUUAAUAGAAUACGGAAAUUUAUCUUCCGUAUUAAAUACGGAAUUUAAUUUUCCGUAUUCUAUUAGUAUGUAAACGACAGAGGAUUUUUUCAAACCCAUUUCAGCGCUCUCUUCCAACCUUCUCCUUUUUCCUCUUCAAUCUUCGAUCUCCGACGCUCUCCUCGCUUCAAUCAUCAUCUGGAAAGGGUUCCAUCAUCUCCAUCAAAGCUAUUCAUCAAACUCAUUCUCCCCAUUCAUUGCAUUGAAACCUAGAGUGAGAAUGAAGAACAGAAAGAGGUCUCGAGCUAGUGAGGAUGUGGGGGCUACUGAGGAUAGACACUGACGCUUACAUGCUUCUAGCCGGCGCGGCGAUCAUGCUGCAACCACUCAGGCGGUGGAGGCUUCAGCUCCAGUUGAUACUAUGCAGUCGCUCAUGGUAGAGUCUUCGGCUACAGUUGCCACUGUGCUGUCUACUAGAGGAGAGUCUUCAGCUCUAGCUAUGGAUGCGAUUGUGCUGGAUCCCGUGGUUGACCCUACUGAUCCAGUUCCUACUCCGCCGUCUCCCAUGGUUGAGUUAUCUCCCCAUGAGUCAUCAGGCGAGGAGUCAUCAGGCGAGGAGUCAUCCAACGAGGAUAGUAUUCCUCCUCCUAAUGUUGAUGUUGAUGUCGUACCAGAGGAGGGGGCACAGGGUGGCGAGGAGGACCUGAUCCAGAGGUUGCCGCCGUUUCCGGGGGGGCCUGUUGAGCUGUCGCUUCUCACGCAUUAUGCUGAUCACAAGGCUCCCUGGACGUGGCAUGCACUCCUACGCACAGACGAUCGGUAUGAGGACCGUCGACACUUGAAGGUGGCCACAGUUGGGGGGAAGGUAUGAAACCUUGCUUGUGAUGGUGAUUCAGACAGUCAUAGGCGGGUUCGAGAGUUGAUUGAGCAGACGGGUCUUCAUCAGCUACCCUGGUGCGGCUACCCGGAGACAGAUGCAGGCCUCAUUUUAGCCCUUGUGGAGCGAUGGCAUGAGGAGACUAGUAGCUUCCACAUGCCGUUCGGGGAGAUGACUAUCACCCUGGACGACGUGUCGGCUCUUCUCCAUCUCCCCAUGGGGUCGAGGUUCUAUACGCCUGGAAUGGGGGAGAGGGACGAGUGUGCAGCGCUCUGCGCUGAGCUGAUGGGAGGAUCUGCUGCUCGCUAUCAUGCUGAGUUUGAUACGAACAGGAGCCAGACUAUUCGCUUUGGGGUCUUGAAGACGCUGUAUGAUGAUGCGUUGGAGGAUCACCGAUACAAGGAUGCUGCGUGGAUUUGGCUGGUGAACCAGCUAGGCGCGACGCUCUUUGCUAGCAAGAGCGGAGGCUACCACACGACCGUGUACUGGAUAUGGAUGUUGCAGGAUCUUGGUCGAGUGUCCGAGUAUGCGUGGGGCGCGAUUGCGCUUGCUACGUUGUACGACCAGCUUGGUCGAGCGUCCAGGAGGGGGACGACACAGAUGGGAGGUUUCAGCUCGCUCCUGCUAGGAUGGGCCUACGAGUACCUUUCUGACCGCGUCAUUAUCCGGAGGGCGGAUCCGGACUACUCGCAGGACCAGCCUAGGGCGUGGCGGUGGGUUACGUCCUGGGUCGGGCAUGCAGGCCUCGAUGAGAGGCGAGUGAUGCUCGAUGAGCUGACGGUGCAUGACAUUAUAUGGAUACUCCCCUACAAAAAGAAAGUUUCGUCCUCGAAACUCAGGGUUCCGUGAAAAGUUCGGGAUACUGUUCCUUGAUCUUAUCUUCUAAUUCCCAUGUAGCGUCUCCCGUGUUGUUGUUCCAUAACACUUUCACUAAUGCAAUAUGCUUCCCUCUCAGCUGUUUCACUCUUCUGUCCCCAAUGCUAAUCGGUGGUGCCUCAAAAGUCAAAUCAUCCUUCAGUUCAACGUUGUCUGGCUCGAUUACAUGUGUCGGGUCUGGAAUGUACUUCCUCAACUGCGACACGUGAAAAACAUCGUGAAUGUUGGAAAGAAACGGUGGUAGCGCAAUCUGAUACGCAACUGGUCCAACACGGCGAGUGAUCUGGUAAGGUCCAAUGAACUUUGGCGUGAGCUUCCAUUUGACUGUGCUGUUCGACGUCAUCUACCAGAGAUGGUUCUGCGCCAGUUUGGCUACAUACAGGAUGUCCCUCGACACCCCUCUGAGAUCCAGACGAUUGGGUCCCUUGCUGAGACCGCAGAUGCUGCCUAUGCUGACUUUGUGCCGCACCUGCGCCCUCGGGGGAUCCCUGCUACUUAUUCGGGAGAGGCUGUGGAGGAUUACAUGAGGUGGUAUAGCGGUGUGUCCCAUCGGUUCAUCAUCCCUGAUGAUAGGAGGGAGGAGCUCAGUGCUGUGACGGUUGUGCGUCGGGCCGUGGACUUGUUGGAGCAGUCACUGGAGGUGCUUGACGCUCUUGCAGUGGGCACGCAUGCCCGAUCCCUCAUUAAGAGGGCGCUGGAUCUUAUUAGAUCCAGUUCCUUCAUUGGUACCCAGGGAGUAGCCUUUGCUGCUGUCCGAGGAGCUGGAGCUCCGGGAGGCAGAGGUCGUGGAGGCAGAGCCCGUGGAGAUGGUGCCCGUGGAGGCAGAGCUCAUGGACCUAGAGGUCGUAGGGGGGCCGGUAGGGGUCGGGUCGAGUGAUUGACUGCAUAUUUGACUCUCUUUUUGUAUAUUUUUAUAUUAUGUCAUGGGUCUCUUUGUAUUAUGACUCUCUUUAUAUUAAUCAGGCUUUCUA